AUGAAGCUCUUCAACUCUUGCAUCAGAGAGCCUUUGACAAAAACGGAACUGUUUCAGACAAGGGCAACUGUGGAUGAAUGGUCAAACAUAUUGGUUGAACUGAAGAAACAUCCUGACGAUGAACUAUUUCAUCGUGCCCUUCAAGGAACACAAGCUGUUGAAGGCAUAUUCCUUAGUUUGCCUAAAUAUGAAGAACUACACAUGAGUGAGGAGAAAAAGAUGUUAGAAAUGGGAAAGCUUUCGUUGGACAAGUUAAUAGUACUGGAUCUUGGCAAUUGCGAGUACUUGGUGGAAACCUUUGACUUCAGUAGAGCUCCUAAUCUUGAGAGGCUGAAUCUUGAAGGUUGUAAAAGAUUAUCAGUGGUUCAUCCGACAAUCAAAGAGCUCAAAGGACUCAAGUUGUUGAACUUGAAAGAUUGUGAAUCUCUUGACAGUCUUCCCCAAAUCAUCUACUACAACUUUCUUGAGAUUUUUAUUCUUUCGGGAUGUAAAAAACUUGACAGAUUUCUAGAUAUUGUGGGAGAUAUGAAUUGUUUGAUACAACUUUUCUUAGAAGGGACUGCAAUAAAGCAACUGUCAACAUCAGUAGAGUGCUUAACCAACCUUAAGUUGUUGGAUCUUAGAGAAUGCAAGAACCUUUUGAGUCUUCCAGAUUUCAUUUGUAGCUUGACAUCUUUGAAAGGACUUACCAUUGGAGGUUGCUCAAUGAUCAACAAACUGGCAGAAAACAUAAGGAGCUUGGAAAAAUUGGAGGAACUUCAUGCAUGUAGAACUGCUGUAAGGAAAGCACCUUCCUCCAUUGUACUUCUGAAGAACCUUAGAAAACUAUGUUUCUUCCGAUAUACGGGUGUGGCAAGUCAAAAAAGCAAGUCAAAUAAGAAAAAUAAUGUGUUGUAUUAUCAUUCUGCUGUGUGGUACAAUAGUUGA